UCCUCCCACAAGCAAUUCUGGUCACCAAAGGAGAACAAAGUGUUGUGGAUAAUUAAAGAGUUGUUGAGAAUAUGCCUGGCGUGCCGGAGCCGGAGUUGCCGAGGUCUGUGAAGAUCGCCUUCCGGUUCAUCGUAGACAACUUCAGGCUUCUGUUCCUGGCCGGCGUCAUGACGGCCAUGGCUUCUGAGGUCCACCAGCUCGGCUUCGAUGACACCGUGGAUGCUGUACGGGAGUUGAUCGAAGGGAAUCCUGUGAGGAAUCUGGCGCUCGCCUUGUCGGUGGUCGUUGCAGGGGUCCUAUACUUGGUGUCGCGGCCGCGGCCGGUGUACCUCGUCGACUACGCCUGCUUCAGGCCGCCGCCGACGUGCCGCGUGCCGUUCUCGACGUUCAUGGAGCACACGCGGCUGAUCAACUCGGACGAGAGGAGCGUGAAGUUCCAGACGCGGAUCCUGGAGCGGUCGGGGUUGGGGGAGGAAACCUGCCUCCCUCCGGCGAACCACUACAUCCCGCCCAAGCCCACCAUGGAGGGCGCGCGAGCCGAGGCGGAGCUGGUCAUCUUCGCCGCCGUCGACGAUCUCAUGAAGAAGACCGGGCUACGUUCCAAGGACGUCGACAUCCUCAUCGUCAACUGCAGCCUCUUCUCCCCCACGCCCUCUCUGUCCGCGAUGAUCAUCAACAAGUACAAGCUCCGGAGCAACAUCCGAAGUUUUAACCUCUCCGGAAUGGGCUGCAGCGCCGGCCUCAUCUCCAUCGACUUGGCGAGCGACCUGCUUCAGGUGCACCCUCGCGCAAAUGCGCUCGUGGUCUCGACGGAGAUCAUCACCCCCAACUUCUAUUCCGGCAAUCAACGGUCGAUGCUGCUUCCCAAUUGCCUGUUCCGGAUGGGCGCGGCGGCGAUCCUGCUCUCGAACAGGGGCCGUGAGGCGGCGCGGGCCAAGUACCGGCUGGCCCACGUGGUGCGAACGCACAAGGGGGCCGACGAUCGCUCCUAUCGCUGCGUGUACCAGGAGGAGGACGCGGAAGGCCACUCGGGAAUCUCCCUUUCCAAGGACCUGAUGGCGAUAGCCGGAAAAUCCCUGAGGUCGAACAUCACCACCAUGGGCCCGCUGGUGCUGCCCAUGUCCGAGCAACUCCUCUUCGCCCUCUCCUUCGCCGGGCGGAAGCUGAUCGACCCCGCGUGGAAGCCCUACGUCCCCGACUUCAAAAAGGCGUUCGACCACUUCUGCAUCCACGCCGGCGGGCGGGCGGUGAUCGACGAGCUGCAGAAGAGCCUGGACCUGUCGGCGGAGCACGUGGAGGCGUCCCGCAUGACGCUGCACCGGUUCGGCAACACCUCCAGCAGCUCGCUCUGGUACGAGCUCAACUACAUCGAGUCCAAGGGGCGGAUGCGCCGCGGCGACCGCGUGUGGCAGAUCGGCUUCGGCAGCGGCUUCAAGUGCAACAGCGCGGUGUGGAAGUGCCUGCGCACCGUCAAAGCCCCCGCCGACGGCCCCUGGGCCGACUGCAUCGCCCGCUACCCAGUCGACAUCCCCGAGGUCGUCCGCCUCUAAACGGCCAGCCAUGCAGAAAUGAAGCAGCAAUUCAACCCAAACCACCCGCCGGCCGGCCAUCAGCAAUUAACAAUCGAGCGGACGGAUGGUCAUCGAUUGUCAGUAUUCGAUUUCUGGUUAGCUAGAGCUUACACUAAUCUAAAGUCGUUGUGAUCCAUGCGUGCUGUGCAUGUGCAUGUGCAUGUGCCUGCGCCUGCGCUUCAUCUGCUGUCGCCGACUUCCGGCGUGUCUCGGUCGGUCGGUCGGUCGCGGUAUGUAUCCUUUUCAGUGUAUUGUCCACCUGCUGCUGCCGACGUGUGUUCUUCA